GCCGCGGUGGAUGCUGGGAAAGCAAGACUCCGGAGGUCAGUCAGUGCUAAAGCGCAGAUGAUCAUGUCGGUUGCGGGAUUGACGUCCUUGAGACGCUGCGGCGUUUUAGUUCUACGCUCCCCUGCGGGUCUGGGGGUGGUGAGAUGUGCCCAGACGGCCGCCGCCCCCGCCGCUCAACCCCGAAUAAAGAAGUUCCAGGUGUACAGGUGGGACCCAGACACCCCAGGGGACAAACCACGCAUGCAGACCUAUGACAUCGACCUCAACGCAUGUGGACCUAUGGUUCUGGACGCACUCAUCAAGAUCAAAAAUGAGAUGGACCCCACCCUGACCUUCCGCCGCUCCUGCAGAGAAGGGAUUUGUGGUUCCUGCGCGAUGAACAUAAACGGGGGAAACACGCUCGCCUGCCUCCAGAGGAUUGACCCCAACCUGAGCAAACCAACCAAAAUCUACCCGCUGCCACACAUGUAUGUGGUUAAAGACCUGGUACCUGAUAUGAGCAACUUCUAUGCCCAAUACAAAUCCAUUGAGCCUUACCUGAAGAAGAAGGAUGAGUCCAGGGAAGGGAAGGAGCAGUACCUGCAGUCUGUGGAGGACAGGCAGAAGCUGGACGGGCUCUAUGAGUGCAUCCUUUGCGCCUGCUGCAGCACCAGCUGUCCGAGCUACUGGUGGAACGGAGACAAAUACCUGGGCCCGGCUGUGCUCAUGCAGGCGUACCGCUGGAUGAUCGACUCCCGGGACGAGUUCACAGAUGAGCGGCUGUCCAAACUGCAGGACCCCUUCUCGCUCUACCGCUGCCACACCAUCAUGAACUGCACCCAGACCUGCCCCAAGGGCCUGAAUCCUGGUAAAGCCAUAGCUGAGAUCAAGAAGAUGAUGGCCACAUAUAAGGAGAGGAAGGAGGCCGCCGCCUGAAACCCGUGUUGUUCUUCCAUGAAAUGACAUGAUUUAAAUUAUAUACUGAUAUCAAGUGUAAAUAAUUGUGGUCUGAUGGGCUGUGUGUGCAUGUGUGUGGAACAAAAUUGACAUAAACGCACAACUCCAGGAUGAAUGGGGAGAGAUUGUCGUAUUAUGUACCAGAACACAGACGUGCUGGUCUCAGCUGUUUGGUGGUUUGGAAAAGUUCAUGUUUGCUUUGCGUGCAAAAUGUUCUCUGCUUUCAGUUCCCAGACCCACAAUAUACAUGCUGCAUACAACUGAUUUUGUUUUAUUUGGAAAUAAAGUCUUUAAAUGCACA